AUGGAGCCUUCCCUCUCUCUCGCCUGCGAGGCGGUCCGCCUGCUGCAGCUCCACGGUGUCUCGCCUCUUCUGUCUUCUCCCUUGACCCAGGACUGUCUCCGUCUCCCUGCGGCUGCCCCUGCGUCUGCGCGUUCGACGCGCGCGAGCCCGCCGCCGCUUUGCGCGUUUUAUUCGUCAUUUUCGCCCGACGUGUCCUCUCCUCCCUUCGAAGACGAUGCAGCUCCGCCUUCUCGCCGCGCGGGCCCAGGCGCGCAACCGCUACCCUGCGGACUUCUCUCUUCCGCCCCAGCGACGCCUCUAGACGUUCCUGCUUGCAUCCGCCGACCGGAUAUAGGCGCCUCAGCCUCUCCCUUUUGCUCGCGUCGCCCUCGCGCGACGCAUCCCCCUUCUCCCUCCUCUCCUUCUUCUUCCCGGCCAUCUUCGUCCUCUGAUUUUUCUUCUUGUCCAUCUUCUUCGUCUCAGGCGUGCGCAUGUUGCGAGGCGAGCGUGGAGAGUUCUUCUCUCUGCGCCGCCGCCGUCUUCAAAGAGACUGACGCACGCCGGGCCUCGAAGCGGCGCGCGCGCGACUCUUCCGCGAGCUUCUCCUCCGGCGCGGCGGCGACCUGCGCCUACCCGCCGAGCGGCUGCCGAUUCUUCUUCGCCGCGCACGCGCCCAGCAGCGCGCGGGUCGUCUGCUGCGUCUGGGCGCGGCGCCGCGCGGAUGCAGACGCCAGCCGAAGCCGCGAAGGGGGCAAUGAGCGAGAAGAAAAGCAGCGCGAAAGAUGCUGCUGUCGAGAGCGCGAGGCCGCGAGCUGCGAGGCAAUCCUCACCUCCGCAGUCCUCCAGGCUGCGGCGCCUCAAGGAGAAGAUGAUGACCCGAGCCGGGGAGAAGCAGAAGAGGACGCGGGCGAGGGAGAGCGAACAGCAGAGGAUUCGUUGAGGCUCGAUGGGAUCCGUGCGGCCUCUGCCUCGUGCGCCUUCACGCGAGGAAGCGGCCGCGAUCUCGCGGGAUCCUGGGAGGAGGCCUGCGGGCGGGCGCCAUGCUGCGCGACGCGCAUGGAGGAACAGCGAUGGAGUGUGCCGAUCGCGCGGCGCGGAGAAGAAGAAGUCUGCUCAGUGGUAAGUGGCGCGAAGACGGAAGGACGCCAAGCCAGCGAAAAAGGCGAAAAAGCCGCAGAAACCGAGGCGCAGAGACUCAAGGCGUACUCUGCAGAUGAGCUGCACUCCACACAGUCUACAGAGAGAAGAGAAAAACGGAUAGGGCGGGAGCUGUUCACUUUUUCAAAUUAG